AUGGUGGAUAUCCUGCUCAAUACUUCUUUCCUGGAUGAUAUGGGGGAUCAUUCAAAAAAGAAGUCGGGAAUCGCAAUGUGUGUGGGCUGUGGAAGUCAGAUACACGACCAGUACAUCCUGAGAGUCUCCCCGGACCUGGAAUGGCAUGCAGCCUGCCUCAAGUGUGCAGAGUGCAGCCAGUACCUGGACGAGACCUGCACUUGCUUCGUCCGAGACGGAAAGACUUACUGUAAAAGAGAUUAUUCAAGGUUAUUUGGCAUCAAAUGUGCAAAGUGUAACAUGGGCUUCUGCAGCAGCGACCUGGUGAUGAGAGCUCGGGACAAUGUCUAUCACAUGGAGUGUUUUCGGUGCUCGGUUUGCAGCCGACACCUCCUGCCGGGGGACGAGUUCUCUCUGCGGGACGACGAGCUGCUGUGUCGGGCGGAUCACGGCUUGCUAGCGGAGCGGGCCUCUGCAGGGAGCCCGCUCAGCCCGGGGAACAUCCACACCAGACAGCUGCACAUCUCAGGUAAACCUGUUUCGGUCCGACAUCCUCCUCAUCACCGGAACCACGUCCACAAGUCCGAGAAGACCACUCGGAUCCGGACGGUGCUGAACGAGAAGCAGCUCCACACCCUGCGGACCUGCUACAACGCCAACCCGCGACCGGACGCUCUGAUGAAGGAGCAGCUGGUGGAGAUGACCAGCCUGAGCCCCAGGGUGAUCCGCGUCUGGUUUCAGAACAAGCGCUGCAAAGACAAGAAGAGGUCCAUCCUGAUGAAGCAGCUUCAAUCACAGCAUCACAGCGAAAAAACCAAUCUGCAGGGCCUGACAGGCACACCUCUGGUGGCAGGAAGUCCUAUCCGGCACGACAACACCGUGCAAGGGAAUCUUGUGGAGGUGCAAACCUACCAGCCACCGUGGAAAACCCUCAGCGACUUCGCCCUGCAGAGCGACCUGGACCAGCCUGCUUUCCAACAGCUGGUGUCUUUCUCCGAGUCGGGCUCCCUGGGCAACUCCUCGGGCAGUGAUGUGACCUCCCUCUCGUCUCAGUUACCGGACACACCGAACAGCAUGGUGCCGAGUCCCGUCGACACGUGA